AUAAUAUAACUUCCCUGAAACAAUGGAAUGCCCUGUUUACCAUAAUUACAUUUUACAUUUAAAAAUACAGCAGGCGUAGUAUUUGACAGCAACUCGAAUACAUUCUGAAUCUUUUUGAGAUAAAUUUGUUGUAAAAUGGAAACUUCAGAACCUGAAUUCGAUUAUCAAUUGGUUUUAGAAACAUAUGGAUUACAGGGUGAAAAUGUGAAGAAUGUUGCUGAAAGAAAAAAUAAAACCUACAUGCAAUUUUAUACUCAAUAUGACAUUUUAAAGAAGCUCACAACAAAAAGAACACAUGAACGUGAUAAUUUGAUGGAAAUAUCACUGAACCAAAGAAAAAAUAUUCAUAAACUCAAGAGAAUCAUCGAAAAACAAUCAAUUUUGAACAAAUCCACUGCAGAGUUGGAUAAAGAAACGUCUACUUUGAACUCAAAACUACAAAAACAAUCGGACGAUUUUAUUAAAAAAAUUGCUGCAAUAGACGAUGAUUUAAAGAAGCUGCACUCACAGUUUGAAGGAGAAACUGUUUCAACUUUAGUUAAUAAUGUUUCUAAUGACCUUGGUUCAUCAGAAAAUAUCAAAAAACAUCUCCAAAGAGAGUAUGAAAAACAUUCCCAGGUCAAACUCGAUGAUUAUGAGAGAUUUCCUAUUGUGAAUAUGUUCACCAACGAAUUAGAAGAAGACCAGAAACUCAAGAAUAUUGAGAAAAUAAUAUCAGAGAAAAGGGAGAAAAUCGAGCAUCUAACCAUGGAAAUUGAGAAAAUGUCACAAUUACAUCAACUCUAGUAUGAUAAGAUAUGAUUAAGUUUAAAAGUUCAGUUUGUUGAAUUCUUUUUAAUAAAAUACAAUAUAAAUAAAUUUGUAACAAAAAAUGA